AAAAUGAUGCUGGCUAGAAACAUCAACAUAGACACAGAGGAGUUGAACGAAAAGAUAAUCGAUGGAAUUCCGGCUUCGGGCUUGCGAGAUCAGGCUCGCAUUCAGUGCUUCUCGGAUCUGAAGCAAAUUCUACGUGCAUUCUCGGAAAUCCGCCUUCCGCAGCGGAAGCAGUAUGCCACACCCGUCUCGGCAGAUGCUGCAGCUAACAAGGGCUUACGCUGCGCCAACUGCAACUCACGUGGUCACUUCGCCAAGGACUGCUUCAAGCCAAAAAGGGAGCCUGGAUCCUGCUACGCAUGUGGGGCAUUUGGCCACCUAUUCGGACAAUGCCCGGAGAGAAGAAGCGUAAGCAACAACAAUUAUGUAAGAUACUGUAAGAUUUUCUUAUGUAAUAAGAUUGUAACACUAUUAAUUGCAGCAUGCCUUAUAGACUCUGGGAGUCCAAUAUCGUUCGUUAAGAAAAGUUUAAUUUCUACAAAAACCAUCCUGGAGCCAGUUUCUGAAUCAUAUUUUGGGCUGAAUCGAAGCCAAUUGAAAACAUUUGGAAAAAUGUUAUGUUAUGUUUUGAAAGGAGAAAUAAAAUAUUUUUUUCAUUUGAACAUGGUAUCGAACGAGUCUAUGAGUCAUGGUGUGGUUCUUGGCAGAAAUUUUAUGAAUGCAUGCGCGCAAAGCUUGGACCUAAUCACUUUGAAAAUGGUUACGUUAGACGCUGUAAAUGAGAAUGUUAAUAAUCAAUUAAGUAAUAAUUCAGCAAUACCGAUAGAAAGUGAUAAACUGCAAAUUAAAACAAUGGGCAAACGCAUGAGUAUAGGAAAAAACGAAAAGUUUAAUGAUAACACUAAUAAAAUAGUUAGAGAUGAGGUGAUUAAAGAAGCCAAAAUUGAUGAAAUUGUUAGUGAUACCGUUAGUAAAGAGAUUGAUAAAAUUGUUAGUGAUACCGUUAGUAAAAAAAAUGGAUAA